AUGAAGUUUCCAUCUAUUUCUUCAUCGAUGAAUCUUUGCGCUUCAUCAACACUUCCGCAAAAAGUCUGCAAAAUUGCUGCGAUUUCCUCUUUGGUGGUGGUCGAGUUGAUUCGUUGUUCAUUUACUGUAAAAGCUGAGCUUGUAGAUAUUCCUUCUCCUUCCAUUAAAAUUACUAUUAUCUCUAGAUCUGGUGUUGAAAAAAGAAUAACAAUAAACUUUUUAACCCUUUGGUGGAUUGAGGGUGCAUCAACAUUGAAAUAA